CGAGAGAGCGAGAGAGAGAGAGAGAGAGAGCGCGAGCGCGAGCGGGGCGGGGAGGCGAUGAGACGAUCUGCUGCUAGCACCGUGCCGCCCGAACUCAAACUGUAAGCAGCAGCGCAGCACCAUCGCUUAGCUACACGGAAACGCCAACGCAGGAGCGGCGACGUCUUCUCCUCUGUGCAGUGUGUUUUAGGAUCAGAUAUAAAACAAGAAAACAGUGAAAAAAUAAAAAUGAAACUAGUUUGGUGAGUUAUUUGGAGACGGCGGCUGCUGACCAUGAAGCGAAGCCGUGUUCCCAGCACCAGCGAGGAGUCUGAUAAUGGAAGUAAUUGCACAUCAUGGUCUCAGAUGUCGAACUCCCAUCACAGGAGACGAGAUGGGAAGAGACCAUCAGAGGUGUUCAGGACUGAUUUCAUCACAGCAAUGAAGCUUCAUGACUCACACCAGCUCAGUCCAGAGGAUUAUUAUGUGCUUUCAGACCCCUGGAGGCAGGAAUGGGAAAAGGGUGUUCAGGUUCCUGUGAGCCCCGAGUCCAUCCCCAAACCCGUAGUUCGCGUUGUGGCUGAAAAGUUAUCCAGUGUGUUGUUUACGCGACCAAAGAAGCUGAUUCGCUCAUGGGGUCCCGAGGCGUCCGUGUUGGGGUACGUGGGAAUCGGGACGCUGUCGGAGGGGACAUGUCGUUAUGACCUGAACGAGGAAGACGUCGCCUGGCUGGAGGUGGCUAACAGAGAGUUCAGUCAAAUGGGCAUGCAGCUGCUGGACGAGAACACCAUGGAGAGACUUAUGGAGGAGUUUGAGCGCCGUUGCUAUGACAACAUGAGCCACGCAAUGGAAACGGAGGAGGGGCUUGGGAUCGAGUACGACGAGGACGUGGUGUGUGACGUCUGUCAGUCACCUGACGGAGAGGACGGCAACGAGAUGGUUUUUUGUGACAAGUGCAACAUAUGUGUACAUCAGGCGUGUUAUGGCAUCCUGAAGGUUCCAGAAGGCAGCUGGUUGUGUCGGACAUGUGCGCUGGGCAUCUCACCUAAAUGCCAGCUCUGCCCGAAGAAAGGCGGAGCCAUGAAACCCACCCGCAGUGGUAGCAAGUGGGUCCAUGUGAGCUGUGCUCUGUGGAUACCGGAGGUGAGCAUAGGUAACCCUGAGAAGAUGGAGCCCAUAACGAGCGUGUCUCAGAUCCCUAAUAACCGAUGGGCUUUAAUCUGCUGCCUGUGUAAAGAGAAGACCGGAGCUUGCAUACAGUGCUCAGCAAAGAGUUGCCGCGUGGCCUUCCAUGUUACCUGCGGCCUGCAGCACGGCCUGAAAAUGAACACCAUCCUUACAGAUGAGGACGAGGUCAAGUUCAAAUCCUACUGUCCCACACACUCUGGUCUGGACUGGCACGAGCAGAGCGGCAUAAUAGAUGAUAAAGGGAUAGCAGGGAGGGCGAAAGGAGCAGACGGAGCACAACUCAGCGAAAGAAAGCUCCGCGUGCAGCAGCUGGAGGAUGAGUUUUACAGAUUCGUCAACAUAGAGGAGGUCUCCAAACACCUGCAUGUGCCACUUGAGAAUGUGGACUUCGUGUUUCAGUACUGGAAGUUGAAACGCAAAUCAAACUUCAACCAGCCGCUCAUUACACCUAAGCGAGAGGAAGAGGAAAGCCUCGCUCGUCGAGAACAGGAAGUGCUGCUUCGCAGGCUUCGUCUCUUCACCCACCUGCGGCAAGACCUGGAGAGGGUGCGGAACCUGACCUACAUGGUGACCCGUCGGGAGAAGAUCAAACGCUCCGUGUGUCGAGUGCAGGAGCAGAUAUUUCAUCACCAUGUCCGCUUGCUGGAGCAAGGAAGGCUCUCUGGCAUAUCUUCCACCAGGCAACUGGAGGAGGCCAUGUUCUACUUCCGGGUCGCACCCUCCGCAUCCACUUCCCCCCAACCUCUGAGAGGGCACACGGCUCAGAACAGCGCCACCGAGCACUCGCAGAGGAAGAACGUCUCGCGUCACGGAGCCUCCAGACGAGGCCAAAGCGAAGGGGAUAAAUCCGCCAAGAUGGACGCCUCUCCACUGAGUAAACUGUCCAGCUCUGAGGGAGUCCCAAAUGCUGACUGCGGUGGAAACGAAACGACGACGAAUGAAACCGAGCGGCCUGUAGGAGAGCGGCGGAAACGGAGGAGAAGCAGGAUUUGGGAGCAACUACCGGAGAGAAACAGUGCAGGGUCAAAGGUCAUAGACGAGACUGCGCAGAACAGUAUAAUGGAUCAUAAUGCGAUGGCGAUGUCCGAUAGCAAAGCGGCGGAAAUGAAAACUUCUGUUACGAUGCAGAAUAUGUACAAUGGUUCUCUUAGGAGGAUGCAUUCAAGUCAGCAUCAGGGAAAGAUGAUGUCCAACGUUAAAAACUGGGGAAGUUUCCGCAUUCCAAAACGAAGCGAUAGCAAAGGAGCGGAAGGAGAGCAGGAAGUGGAGGGGAGGGACUUUACACGUUCUCAUCCCAUCAGAUCUCUAGAUGCAAGCCACACCCCCACCUCCCCUCCAAUCAGAACUCGGCUAUGGGCGGGCACGGAGCACCGUGACCUCGGCUCGGAGGCCGAUCACAGCCAAUCAGAGCAGAAGAAGAGAUGCCACACCCAGCGACUUCGGAGUCAUGACCCGGUUACACAGCGGUACGGCUCGGAGGUUUUGCGGCGUGGAGUUCUCGCGUCAUGAAAUGACACCGUGAAAACUUUGUGAAGUUAUGUGUCAAAUAACUUUUUCUUGUGUAAUCCAAAUAAAAGCAGCACUUAGAGGAGCCGCAUGUAAGAUUUUCCUUUGCAUUCUGACUUCAUGCAUCGGUUACAGACAUCAGAUUUAGUGUUAUUUACAGACAGUGAAGUAUUCGGUUCCUGAAUGGAUUCUUUAAACAUCAUUCCAGACCUGGGACAUAACCUAACUAGACAGGUUGAUCAUAGACACAUUUAUACUCCAGUAGCUUGUUAUUAGGUCAUUUUAUUGCUGUUCUUUAAACACAGCAGACUUUGCUUCACAGUAAUCUUACAUGUAGCUCCUUUUAAGCUUCUGUUACCGGACAGGUAUUUAUUUUUCUAUUUCAUAUCUUUCUCGAUGCUGCUUCUUUUUAUUUUGUACUUCAUUUAGCUGGCUUUCCUUUAUUUUCCUCUCGUCGCCUGCUACGAUGCAUAGUGCAUAUGACAAGGUCUCAGAGGCUGAAUGCUAAGCUUGUGAUCAAAGACAAUAAAAUUAGUUUAGCUAAUUAGCUCAUUUUUCUGUUGGAAACCUGUCAGAAACAAAAACACACAUGAUUUUUCCGGAUCAUGUCAUCAUUAUUAUUAUUUUUUUCUUGAUAUAAAUUGCUUACAGCAGUAGUGUUGAACACUGGUCUGAAACAAGUGAUGAAACUCGCUGACAUGUACAAUCGUGACUAGCACUUAGUUCAGUAGGUUCCAGUUCAAAGCCUAGGGAAUUCCUGCACGGCACAAUUUUGUGUUUCUUCCCCCACUCCGACAUGCCUGUUAAGCCUUUUAGCCGGUCGAGUCAUGUGCGUAUUGUGUAGGAAAUUGAUAUGCUGAGGCUUUUGGGAUUGGGAACCACUGACUUGGUAACGUAUAUGCAUACACUUUAAUGGUAUUAUGUCAAAUAGAUAAAUUUGUCCCUCAUUCCACUUGUUUUCAACAUGUCCCUGUUGACCUCCAUCCCUAUGUGUGUGUAUGUGUGUGAGAGGGAGAGAGAAUACACUCAUCCUAGCAAGCACAAUGUACAUUCUUAGCCAUUUUACUGUCUAUUUGCUUUAACUAUGCACAUAUUGGCCAAAGUGGCUGGCCUUCUGACCAGCUAGCAGAUUAAAACUCAAUUUAAAUGGAGCAAAUCAUUAUAUAUAUAUUUCUUGGAAAUAUGAAGAAUUUUAUUGCUCGUUGGUUUUUAAAUUACUCCACUUACAAUUUCUUGAUUGCGGUACCUUCUGGACCUUCUCUCUUCACUUAGUAUCCUAUUUCUGAAAUGUUAUUUGAGCUCAUAAACUAUCAGAACAAACAUUUUUGAUAAGGGGGAAAAAAAAGUCAAAGGGCGAAAGUCAACCAGGGCAUGUGGAGAAACAUGUUGGAACGUAGCCUUGGCCUAGGCUCAAAUUAGAUGUAAACGCUUAUUUUUAUUUUUUACCAAUAAUAAUCUCUGCAUUGUUUUCCGGGGAUGAUUCGAUGAAUUCCAGGAUCUACCCAUGAAACUGUAUUUAUGAAUUAAUUUAUUUUGUUUAAUGUUUUUUUUUUUUUUCCUUCCUUUUUCCUAUGUAAAGAGACUGUGGCGCUCCGUUUUGUCGUCACAUCAUCUUUCUCUCCUCAGGUAAUUCUUUAUUUUGUGCACUUCCGUUUUCCCCAAAAUAACAACCAAGCCUGAUUCUUUACUAUAAAUUGUUCACAGCGCUCACGGUGAAAUCGAGUCCAACGGUAGACUCGAGGAAACGUGUUUUCUUUAGAAAGAAAUUCAAAUCCCUUUGUCACAUAUGUGUACACCCUGUUCCUAAAAAUAUUUCUAAUAGUAAUAAUAAUAGUAAUGUUUUAACCCAGCAUCAUCAAGUGUAAUUUUUUUUUGGGGGGGGCUUAUGAGCAUUUUGUUUAGAAAUUCUUAAGAAAGCACUGUAACUUUAAGAUCAUCUUAUCUGUGUGAGAACAGAUUAAAAAGAUGCGCUCUCUCUCUCUCUCUCUCUCUCACCCUCUCCCUCCAAUCUUCAGAACCUGUACACUGAUCUGUUGGGAUCUAUCUGUAUACAUCAGUCAUCCCUCUGCUGUCCUUGUAACUGAAUUUAACACGUAAUACAACUAAAGAAUAAGAUCAGUCUUCAUUUAUUUCACUUCAAACCUUUUUUUUUUUUUCAUUUCCUAAAAUUAGGUUUAAAAUGUCUAUAAAGUGUCCUCCUCUUAACAUGGGUUCAUGUUGCACUAAGUUGUAAAGAAUGAUUUCAGAGAAAGUUAAGAAAAUUGUGCCACAAAUGACUGAAGUCAUGACAAUGAAUUUUGGAACAUUUUCUCAAACUUAAGCUUCACUACUUGUCAGCGUUGCCUUUGGUCAGUACAAAAUUAGAUUUGCACUUGGAUGUUUUCUUUAUGUUUUUUUGUUUGUUUGUUUGUUUGUUGUUUAUGCUAAUCGCGAGCAGACUUCUGAGAGGUCUGUGUUGAUCUUGUGCCUGUGUGGCUUUGGUUAACAUGUUGCACUAGAAUAGAGCAAUGCAGCGCAGCUUGACUAUGUUCUCUAAAAAGUUAUUUUUCACAUACAAAGAGACCUUUUAUAUGAACAUGUGCUGCUGUAUUUUUUUGUUAUGCAUCUAUUUUGUGAAUAAACCCCUUUGAGAUUAAACU